AUGAAGCUGCGAUUAAAGCGCAAGAUAAGAAAAACUGAUGGAUUAUUGAGGUAUCCGGCUAUGGAAGAAGCAAUCAAGAAACGGGUGGAAACAAAAGCCAAGACUUUUGGGCAAGUGGUGACUGUUGGGUUUGGGGAAGAUGCGAUUGAGCCUGUGUAUAAAAUAGAACCCACUUUGGUUGCGGAUCUUUAUGGGGAUUGGAUUAUGCCAUUGACAAAAGAAGUACAAGUUGAGUACUUGUUGAGAAGAUAGAUUGAAUGAUGAAUGAAUGUGUAUGAAUUGUGUUUUUUUUUUCAAAGAUAUAUGAAACUUUUUAACACGAUUUUGGUAGAAAUUAGUGGAGGUAUUGAUGAUCGAAGAAAUCUCAAACGAGUUUGAAUCGACUUUGGAUGAAUCUUUUGGAAUUUUUGAAAGUAAUGGAAUCUAGAAAAG